AUGGCGCAAUCAUAUCAUCAGCCCCAGGCCGCCUUGGCCGGCUUCCUCGACUCAAUGCAGCAGGACACCAGUAUGUCAGCCUACUCGCUCUUCGGUCCCUCGCAGUAUCCUGAGAGCGUGGCCUUUUGGCAUGAUCCCUCCGCGGCGGCGCCCACAAUGGCCAUUCCCGCAGCAUAUCCGUCCAAGCAGCCAACAUUACUGCAGCCCCUGCCGGACCAGAAGAAACACAAGCGUACUCGCAGCGGCUGCUUCACCUGUCGUGCACGUCGUAUCAAGUGCGACGAGACUCGUCCCGUCUGUGAGCGCUGCCGGAAGGGCAGCCGGGACUGUGUCUAUCCGUCUCCGACGGCUUCCUCCAAAGCCAGCGCUCGGGCUGCCGCCAAAUCGCGUGGGGCUCGUCCCCAGUCGCAAGGGAGUGACUCCUCCGGUAAGGUUGAGAUCGAGGAAGUGAGCCCCCUUGAGCCGAUUCUUGAUGAAGAAGAGCCCGAUAGUGCCGGGGUGGCAUCACGGCCAACACCCCCCACGGCCAGGCAUGCUGGCCAGUCUCGGCCCGAAAUGCAUCGUACGCAGAGCGGACAGUCUGUUCGGAAGAGAAGCAUUCCCAAGCAGACAUCGGAGUCUGGCUCGUUUCAGAUGGACCCCAGCAGUUCCCCAUCGACUGAGUCAUCACGAUUUGAGUCGUUGAGUGUGCGGUCGGCAAGUGUUGGUCAGUCAACGCUGGACUUAUUAAACAGUAGCCGACUAUCCGAUGAUGUCCGGUUCUAUUUGAAUUUUUACCAAGAAUACAUCACACCUGAGCACUUCUUCUUAAGACAGAGCAGCUCCCGUUUUAUCCAUCACAGUAUCAUCGAACUCGCCCUGGGUUAUAAACCUUUACUUAAUGCCCUGGUUGGGUUUUCAGCAUAUCAUCAUACUUUGCAGAGUCCCGAAGGAAAGCUCUAUACAUUCCUCAAAUACUAUAAUAAAGCCUUGGUGCUCUUACGACAGUCCCUUGGCUCAGGAGAGGAACACACCGAAGCAACACUAUGCACAGUUCUUGUACUGACGACUUUCGAGGAAUAUAUCGGGGAUUGGGCAAACCUUAUCGACCACCACCAAGCCGCACAUGCCUUGAUGUGGGAGCUGCUGACUCCGGAAUCUUCCAACGUGGUUGAGUUACACACCAACAUCUUUCUAUGGUAUGCUCGUUUCGAUGUAGUUGCGGGGAUUCUAGCCGGUACGGAGGCAAUCCUUAGUCGCGGUUGGUAUAUGGCCAAAGAAGAAUAUGAUGCCGAACAAGCCGCCCUCUACCCCGAUGAUCCAAGCAAGCAACUCGCCCUUGUGGCGUCAAUCAAUCGCCGCUUUGGACUGGACAUGGCAUCACUAUAUGCAAAAUUAUCGCGUGGAAUGAUCCCGAUAGAUCAGUUUGCUGUGCAAAACGAACAACUGGGCCAAACGAUAGAGAAGGCAAAGGCUAUUCUGAGCCAAUUUGAUGACUCGGAAGAUACUGUCCGUUCCUAUCCGAACCAACAACCCUUGACCGACAAUGAUAUCGUGGAUCCAUACGUACCAGGUGUCCUCCAAAUUGGCCCACUGUGGGAUGCGAACUACGCGAGGAUCGAUCUUCUUUCUACCGAGUUAAUGUUCAAGUACCAAACUAUGCUUUCUUUGAAGCAACCGCUCCUUCAGGACCUGCAGAACUUGGCCUUUGAACAGUGCCGCCUGAUGGAGACGAUCGAACGAUGGCCUAAUAAAGGGAAUGGUUCUUGCAUUGGAUUUAAGAACAGCAUCGGCAUAUCCAGCAUGUUCCUGCCGAAAGACCUAAAGCACCAGAUGUGGUCGCGACGCAAGCUGGCCGUGAUGGAACAGAACGGGUAUAUCAUUGCCCCUCGAUUCCGUGCCGCCCUAAUUGCCAUCUGGCAGCUGCCCGAACUCCAGCACUGGUGGUUACCCAACGACGAAGGCUAUUCUGAUACCAUCGGUGCGAUCCGUAGCAUGUCCGAAGAGCGGAUGAACCAGCCGAGCGAUGACUUCCGCGAGAAUGUACGGGACAUGAAAUCACUCUUUUGGAAAUUGACUGUAGACGAAGAGGACGACGAACAGAGCCCUUCGAGCAGCCAUAAUAGUUUCCAAUAG